AUGUAAGACAAAUAAAUUAUUCAACUUUUUGAAAAAUACUCUAAACUUAAUGAUCCAAAAUUAGUGUUCCAAACAAGUGAAUAGAUUUUAGAAAGAGUAAAUGAAAGUGAUAUAACCUUUGUUUUAACUAAAAUUAUGAAUUGUUUGUAAUCAACUGAUUUCUACACUACAAUUAAUUAUGCUCUUUUAUUAAAACAAUUAAUGUAGAAGUACUCAUCUAAAAAUUAAAACUUAUAAUCAAAAGCUAUUUUUGAUUAAUUGUAAUAAACAUUAAGCAAAAAGAAUGCAUAUGGUAAAAGCGAACUUAAACAUUUUAUAUUAACUAAAUAUUUGAUUUAUUCCUACUUAGAUUCUUAAAAUCUAUUAAAUAUAAUACUCGAAGAUAGAAAAACUGAAGAUUCAGAAUACUUAACUUACAUCCUAUUGAAGAAACUGUAUUCUUUUUAGAAUUAUUUAUAGUAAACCUGAGAAUGUUAAAUAAGUUAGCAAUUCAAUAAAAAAUGAUCUUUAAAAUUUAACUCCAAGAGUUUUUUGCAUUUUGGUUAAGCUCCAACAAUUGAGUUAAUAAGGCUAAUUCUAAUGGGAUAAAUAUCUUUAAGAAUAAGUUUUUGAUCGAUAGAAAUUUCACAAACUUCUUGAAUAAGCCAACGAUUAAUUUCCAAAGAAAUCAUUAUUCUAUUAAUACUUAGCUAUUUAUAUGGAAAAAGUAUAUUAUCUAAUUAAUAAUCAUAGUUUAGCAAAACUUAAGGAAAUUAGAAAAUAUAUACAGAAUUUUGGGAAUAUUUAUAAUAACAAUAAGACUUAAGAAAAUUAAACUUUAUGAUUUUAUCAAUUUUCAAACAUUUCCUUAAAUCUACUACAAUUCCCCUUUCUUUCUUGAGAAAUCAAUAACUCAUUGAAUUAUGGUACAGACAAUUUGGAAAUUCUAAUUCUGUAAUGAAAAGAUUAGCAAAUAAGAUUGAAUAAUAUUUGACUUAAAGAGAAGUCGCUUAUGAUGAUAUUGUUUAUUUGAGAAAUAUUUAUGGUUAUAGAAUUCAUCCCAAAAAUGGAAUUGCAUAAAAAGUUUUGGCAAAGUUUACAGAAGAUGAAGUAGUCCAAUAUUUUGAAAAUAUUAAAUAAUAAGAAUAAUCGUCUACUGAUCCCAUCAAUAAACUUUAUUUUUUGAAUGAAAUCUAUGUACUUGCUACAGUUAGUAAUAUUAAUGUAAAAAAUUUGACAUAAAUGAUUAAAUAUAUUUAUGAAAUAGGUUGCAUCAAUUUUUAAUCGAUUUAUGAUCAAUUAGAUGAAGAGUCUAAAGAAGCAUAUCAAUUUGAAGAAAUUAAGAAAAAAUUUUCAGAUUAAUGUUAAAGUUUCUUUUAUUCUUUAGUUGGAAAAGUAGCUUCUGUAAUUAUUUAUAAAUUAUAAGUAGAAUACUUAAGAGUUUGAUUAAUUAACAAAGUCUCUCUUAAAACAAUUAAAAAAAUCAGAAUUAACAAAAUAAUACAAAUAGAUAAAUUCGAAGUAACCAAAAGAAUGCAUAAAACAUUUAGUGAAUACAAUCCUUAUUUUCUCUUGUUUAAAUGAAGAAGAAGGUUUAUAAAUAUUGGAAGAAUUUUAACACAUAGCUAACGAUAUUCAAGAAGAAGAACCUCAAAUUAAAAAAAAGGUUAAGACAAAUCCAGAAAAAGCAAAAGUAGUCCUUACUGAAGUAUUUAUAUAAUUAUUGACUAAAUCACCAUGUAAAAUAAAUAUCAAUUUAAAUUUAGAAUUUUUAAGAGAUGCUGUUAAUUAAUGUUGUAAAUCUCUAGAAUUUUCAACAGAGUGUUUUGAAAUUCUAGUAGAUGUAUUAUUGAAAGAAGAUCAUGAAUAUAUUGCUGAGAUGCAAUAAUAAGAAUUAAAUGAUGAAGAAGGUGGAGAUGAAAGCUUAGAAGAAGAGCAAGAAAACUAAUGA